AUGAGUUCUAUUGUAAACAAGAGCGGUACUAGGUUUACGCCUAAAGUCAGGCAGAGAAGGCCUGCCUCUGCGGCCCCAACGCAACCCCAUAGUACAACCACCAGUGCAGGUAAACCAAGUGAACCACAGCCCACACGGGCAGAUACCAGUGAGGAGGGGGGGGAUGGGGAUGAGCCGGCCGGACCAAAGGACCCGUCGUUAGUUGAAGAUGACGACCCACUGUCACAUACGCAAUUGACAAAGGAUCUGAAAGCGUCACAGAUGAGCACGCAGCUCCCAGUAGCCACGAUGUCUCCUCAACCAGAGGCACAUGGUAGAUCUAGCAGACUAGACUCUCUAUCGCAUCAAGUUUCUGUUUUCAAGUCUGGGUUUCUUGAGCAACCUGGUGCCCCUAUACCUGUGUCAGACGCACAGCGAAGCAGACGUCUAUCGACGAUGUCGAACUUACAGACGAAAAAACAGCGCCCGCCAGCUAUUCCAGAGGCAGACGUAUCACUCCAGGCUAUCAAGAAGCGGCGCAUGUCCGCCAGGUCUUCUACCUCCCGUAAGUCGGGUUCUGCCCAGCGUAUUAGUGUUGUGCCACGGGCCGCAGCUUCAGAGUCAUAUGUGGUUCCACCUGCUGGUGCUCCUCUGAAGAAAGAGUCUGCGGAUGACUUAUUUCAAACGACUGCUUCCUUUUAUGAACGUUACACUAUUUCCACACUGAAAGAAAUACCGAAAAACAUUGCAGAUGAGGACUCUGCCCGAUAUACCGUUAACGAGGAUAGCAUCACUAUGGCUGACCUUUGCAAACCUCUAUUCCCGAUAGGUGAAGUAUCUGAUAAUUUUCACCGGGCGAAAGAAGCUGCAAAAGCCAAGAUGGAAGCUCGGAAGAAGCGCCGCGAACUCCGACAGAUGGCUAAGCGUCAAUUCAAGCCUCUGAGUGAGUUAUCUGCAGAAGAGCAGGAGAAGCUUAAACAGGAGCGUAAGAACGCCGCGGAAGCACUUUUGAAUGCAGAAAUUCCAGAUGAGAUGCCACAGCAAACCAUUCAGUUGAAACUACAGUCUGAUGGUAAGUUGGGUAUUGAUGAGGAGUCUACAGUUGUGGAUAGACACAAGAAUGCGUCCUAUGGGAAUGCUCAUAAAGAACGGUUGGACAGUAAUCCUUUCGAAAACCUGUGCAACUCCUCCACAUAUGGGCGACAAAAAUACACGGAUCCAUGGACUACCGACGAGCUCAUCAGAUUUUACCAAGCGCUAUCUAUGUGGGGGACCGACUUUAAUCUGAUCGCCCAGCUCUUUCCUUACAGGACGAGACGUCAAAUAAAGGCUAAGUUUGUGAAUGAGGAGCGCAAGCAUCCGGUUGUGAUAGAACUGGCACUAAAAUCUAAACUUCCUCCGGAUUUUGAACAGUAUUGCAAGACCAUUAAAAAAGAAAUAGGAACCAUAGAAGAGUUCAACAACAAACUUGAGCAGUUACAAGUGGAACACGAGCAAUAUCUAAAACAAAUAGAAAUCGAGAAGCAAAAUGCUCGCGAGCAGGACCUGCAGCAUCAAACCUCCAAGGAAAAAGAGCGUGGGAGCGAGAAACGUUUUUCAAGCAGGCAAGAACAGUUGAAGGCUUAUCGCAAAUCCGAGAUCGUCUUGGGCACGAUUGAUGACGUGAAGCGUAAGCGUGCAGAAGAGUUAGAGGCCGCAGCUGAGCAGUGA